AAAACUCCUAGCAACACGUAAACAAGCAUCAAAAGUAUUUUCCGAAAUAUAAAAUAUAUUUAAUUAUUUUAUCCCAUGUCUCAUAUUUAAUCCAAGACCAAUUUGAGACCCACAAAUAUAGACAACAAGUGAGCGUGCAUUUCUCCGCGGAGACCGCAGCCCGGGCCACUCUAGGUAGUGAGCCGCAGCGCGCUCGAGGCGACAUGACAUCUGUCAGUACGGUUGUAUCAACAACGAAAAUGGUUUUUUUACAUUAAUUUCUACAACAGUUCCUGUUUUCAUUAAUAAACUACCGAAUUUCCGCGACUAAGAGACUAUAAAUGUGCUAAGUGCCUUCAAGAUUCGAGGUGGAAUAACUCAAAUACUUUUAUAUCCUUUUCUAAUGUUUCUGUUUGCUACAACCCAUUCACAAUGCCCCCACUGCCCUAACUCCUCGCGCACCUUCACCGAUCACGGGUUGAAGGUUCAUAUAGGGCGCUUGCACAAAACCCGACCACCCAUCGUUUUCACUCCUACACUUACAGUGCAGCCACAGCAGCGGCAGCAAGCUCUCUCAGGUAGCAAUAGUAGUCUGAAUCUUGAUGACCUUGCCACCCUAAAGCAAUCCGUGCGAGUGUUGCGUCACAUCCCUAAGGGGGCUCGCAACUUGGCGGCAGGCAAAUUGUGUGAGGCAAUCGACCAAUGUAUUAAGAACAACGGUACACUAGAAUGGUUCACUCUGCUGUCAUUUGCCUACUCUGCUUUAAAGGCGCCAGAAUCAACCAGCGCAGGCAACUUAACCACCAAAGUUAAGCGGAAUAUAUGUUCUGAGGGGAUUGAUUCCCUUUUUGUGCAAGCGGAGACGGCCGCUCUGAGACCACCCUCGAUUCUUAGAACUAUAGAGUCCAAAGUUUACGAGGGUGACCUCAGAGGGGCAGUACGGAUCCUCAUGUCGGAUGACGGAAUAGCGCCGCCAAAUCCUGAAACCCUUGCUACCCUAGUUUCCAAACAUCCGGCCCCAUCUAGACAGUUGACAUUUCCUCCCGAACCAGACAAGUCCUGUCCUGCUCUCUCGGUCAAGCCGGAAGAAGUUUCACAGGCUCUAGGUUCGUUCAACAACAGCUCUGCUGCCGGCCUGGAUGGUAUUCGCCCAUCACACUUGAAAGAACUUACUUCCGGCUCUGCCGGCGAGAACGGACCCCGCUUGCUGGAACAUUUAACCAAACUCUGCAAUUUUCUACUCAGUGGCCAGUUGAAUCCUGAAGUUUCCCCGUAUAUUUACGGUGCGUCGCUGUGUGCGCUGUCAAAAAAAGACGGUGGUUUAAGGCCCAUCGCCAUCGGCAGUGUAUUCCGCCGCCUGACUGCUAAGUUAGGAUGUCAUGCUGUGCGUGACGAAAUGUCGUCAUACUUACAGCCUUGUCAAUUAGGUUUUGGUACGAAACUCGGAUGUGAGGCUGCUAUUCACGCCACUCGGGCCUUCGUACUCGACCCAAAAAUGCGGACUGUGUUAUCAUUAAGAUAG